AUGCUCCUCCUUUUCGUGGUUUGGUAUGCUUUGAUUUGCUUCACUUCUGGUUUUCCUAAUGAAAAUUUCAUUUCGAAUCUAGAUCUUGACAAGUUCACUUCUGAGAAAGAAGUCUAUGAACUUUUUGAAACGUGGAAGAAGGAGACUGAACGAGAAUACCAAACCCUAGAAGAGGAGGUGAUGAGAUUUCAAAUUUUCAAAAGCAAUGUAGAGAAUAUCAAAGAGGAAAAUGCAAAAAGAAAGUCACCCUAUGAAUAUCGUCUAGGUUUGAACAAGUUUUCUGAUAUGAGUUAUGAAGAGUUCAGCAACAUCUAUUUACGUGAAACAAAGGGGCCAAAUAUCAAAAGCAACAUGGGCGAUAAGGUGUUCAAUAAUGAAUCAUGUGUUGCACCUUCUUCUUGGGAUUGGAGGAAAGAAGGAGCUGUAACUUACGUUAAAGACCAAGGCCAAUGUGGUUCUUGUUGGGCAUUCUCUGCGACUGGAGCCAUUGAAGGUAUAACUCAAAUAGUCACACAGUGUCUUCCUAAUCUUUCUGAACAACAACUCGUAUCUUGCGAUAAGAAUAACUCUGGUUGUGAAGGAGGGUCGUAUUGUAACGCAUUUAGAUAUGUCUUAGAGAAUGGGGGUAUUGCCACAGAAAGAGAUUAUCCAUAUAUAGGUAAAGAUAGUCCCUGCAAUCACACAGAGGAAAAAAAGAUCUUUGCUACUAUUGAUGGCUACCGUUGUUGGGUGACACCUAUAUCAGAAGAGUCUCUCCUUUGUGCUGUUUACACACAACCUAUUAGCGUUAGCAUCUAUGCAAGCCCACACUUUAAGUCCUACAAAAGCGGAAUAUUUACUGGGGAUGAUUGCUCAUCUGUUGCUUCAUGUGCACAUAAUCAUGCUGUAUUAAUCGUGGGAUAUGGUUCAUCGGAAGAUCAAGAUUACUGGAUCGUCAAAAACUCGUGGGGAGACUCCUGGGGACAAAACGGUUACAUCUUCAUCAAAAGAAAUGCUGGUACUACUGAAGGAGAGCAGGCACUUCUGAAGAAAGAGGCAAUGUGA